UACAUGGACAGGCAGAAUGCACAAAGACUAAAAGAAAGAUGGAUAGAUAGAUAGAAUAUAAUUAAUAGAGAGAUAGAAUACAGAAAGAUAGAUUAGUAGAUAGGUGCCAUAGUUAGAUAGAUAGACAGACAGAUAGAUAGAAAGAGACAGAAAGACAUGGAUAGAAAGAAUACACAAAGAAAUAUGUGUAGAAUACAAAAAGAUAGACAGACAGAAUACCGAAAAAUAAAUCAGUAGAUAGGGACUAUAGAUAGAUGAGACAGAUAGAAUCUACACACCUUUCUCUAAUCAGGUUAGGGUUACAUAGAUAUGUGUAUAAUAUAUGCAUAUACUGUACAUCUAUACAUCAGAUACACACAUUUCCUCACGUAUUAACAGUAAAUUGCACACCUAAUAAUUACUUUCAUCGCUCCAACUUGCCCCGUCCUAUCGUCAAGAGUUUUAUUGGAAUUUUUGUAUUUUCAACUCAUACUCGCCGAGGCCCUAACAUGUUUUUUAACAAAGGAUCUGGUGUGUUUUCUAAAAAAGCAAUUGCCUGUGGUACCAAAUCUUUCAUUGAGACACCCUCCCACUAAGGGAAUGUUACUGAGUUCUACCAUGUGCUCUCCUAGGAGCCGGCACUUUAUCUACAGUCACCUCCCAGGCGCCUAUUACUUCCUUGUACAUGUUGGGGAUCAGUAACCUUUGAUGUAUGAAGCAACAAGUCUCUGUAUUAUAUCCACUGCUGAAGAAUUAGAAAGAGGAUCAUCUAAAAGAAGCUUCCAAGGUUUGUUCAAGCAAGAUAUUUCCAAAGGAUCUAUAAAGGAUCUUAUCAUCAAGAUCAACUUUCAAUCAACGUAGUUCCGGCCUCCGGAACCUCAAGUAUUGAAAUGAUGUCCUACAUUAAACAGCCACACUACGCAGUCAAUGGGCUGACGUUAACUGGAACAGGAAUGGAUUUAUUGCAUUCUGCUGUUGGAUAUCCGUCCACUCCACGGAAGCAGAGAAGGGAGAGGACAACCUUUACAAGGGCACAGCUGGAUAUUUUGGAAGCUCUAUUUGCAAAAACACGUUAUCCUGAUAUCUUUAUGAGGGAAGAAGUGGCCUUAAAGAUAAAUCUUCCAGAAUCACGGGUGCAGGUGUGGUUUAAGAACAGAAGGGCCAAAUGUCGCCAGCAACAGCAGCAGAGCAGUGGACAGGCCAAACCACGUCCUACCAAGAAAAAGUCUUCUCCUGCAAGAGAGACUAACUCAGAAGCCAGCACCAAUGGGCAGUAUAGUCCUCCACCUCCUGGCACAGCAGUGACCCCCAGCUCUUCAGCUAGUGCCACAGUCUCCAUAUGGAGUCCAGCUUCUAUAUCUCCCAUUCCAGAUCCCCUGUCUGCCGUCACCACUCCUUGUAUGCAAAGAUCAGCUGGCUACCCUAUGACCUACAGUCAAGCUCCAGCCUACACCCAGAGCUAUGGAGGAUCCUCUUCUUACUUCACUGGCCUGGACUGUAGCUCCUACCUGUCUCCCAUGCACCCACAACUAUCUGCUCCAGGAGCAACACUGAGCCCCAUUGCCACUUCAACAAUGGGUAGUCACCUCAGCCAGUCACCUGCAUCUCUCUCAGCCCAGGGAUAUGGAGCUUCCAGCCUUGGAUUCACCUCAGUGGAUUGCUUAGACUACAAGGACCAAACUGCUUCUUGGAAGCUUAAUUUCAAUGCCACUGACUGCCUUGACUAUAAGGACCAAAGUUCAUGGAAAUUCCAGGUCUUGUAAAGCCGGUUAAAGACUUUGCCAGGCCGAAUCAAUCGAGAGUCAAUAAUCAGGCGAAGGUACAAUAGUGGGAAGAAGGAAGAAUGCACAAACUUUGCAAAGUCAAAGUCUCCUUGUUGGCUAAAAAGAACCUGCUGACUAAGCGUUUGCACCUAGAUAUGGACUUUUAACAUUCUCCUCUCUGGUUGCAGAUCAUGUUCUGUAAUAGACAAUGUUCAGCCUGGGAUAUAAAAGCACUUUGAAUUAGAGUAAUCAUAGCUUUUGGUUAUUGUCUCCUAGCUUUUUUGCAUUGCUUUUGACUACUGAUCAACGUCAUAUAAAAGAACAGCACAGGCUUUCUACAUUUAACUCCCAGAGAGUAAAGUGGUCAACCAACUCUUUACUGCAGAAAGUUGAAGGCAAAGUUUUUACAGUUCAUAUUCAUUCUAUGUGAGUGAACUCUGGGUGCAUUGUUUUUAGUAAAAGUCUAGCAUUCUGCCACUAAUAUAUUGUGGAAUGUUUAUAUGCCUAUUAUGAUGUCUGGUAUUGCAGAGUCGUAGCUAGGCCAACCCCUUAAAUAUGUAAGUGGCUUGUUGGUGCCACCCCAUCACCUAGUACCUGAUUAACAUGUCUUGACAACCCCUCCUAGCUACACCCCUGGGGUAUGGCUUAAAAUGAUGGCGUAAAUUUGGCAAUCUAGUUACUUUAUAUUUGAAGAUCCUGGUCUCUGUAUAUCAAGUCUUGCAAACCUUUCCCCGAACAAUACAAGACCUGCUAUAGACAUGAUAAAUCAGGUCAUGUGACACAAGCCUGGUGUAUUUUAUUACUGUAUAAUAUGUUUUAAAAAAUUAUUAAUUUAUUUCAUAAAAGGCUACGGUCCCUCCAAAAACAUACCAGCUUUCACAAUCUUUAUGCUGGGCAAAAAAUGUGUCUCUGUGUUUCUAACUUUCCUUUUUAAUUGUUGUUAAUAAUAUAGUGCUAUGUAAUAGCGUGUGUGUCUGCUGCCGCCAAUGUUUGCUAAGGGAGGAGUUCCCCUCCCUCAUAGAUCUGUUAUAUUAUUAUUAAUUAAUGUUAUUUGGAAAGAAAAAAAAA